CGUGGCGAGCUGACGCCACAACGCGCACGUUUGGGCAGGUAGAUACGAGACCAGACUACUCUUCUUGAAAAAUGUCAAGCCAUGAGUCCUUCAUUAUGGUCUAUUUGGCCGGAGAAAGGGAAGAGAGCUCUGCCAGUUGUGUGCGUAUACAGCGGAGGCAAAGAGAAGAAAGUCACACAGGCAGCAGUGGGAGCCGGACUUGUUCUGGGGAUGUACGACAGAAACUGGACACGGAGGUGCAGAUACAGCUGAGUAUCCAAUGGUGCCAUGACUGCAAGAAGCCAGAGCAGUGUGGGAUACAGAGCGCUCCAAGUGGGUGUGCCUUCUUCCACCUUCCAGCUUCUUCUCAUUGUCUGCGGUCACUUACUAGGCGUCCAAGGUCAAGGAUCCCGUCUGCGCCAGGAGGACUCCCCACCCCGGAUUGUGGAGCACCCCUCUGACCUGAUUGUCUCCAAAGGGGAACCCGCCACCCUCAACUGUAAAGCAGAGGGGCGGCCGACCCCGACAGUGGAGUGGUACAAGGAUGGAGAGCGGGUGGAAACCGACAAAGACGACCCUCGAUCUCACCGCAUGCUGCUGCCCAGCGGCUCACUUUUCUUCCUUCGCAUUGUUCACGGACGUCGGAGCAAACCGGACGAGGGAGCCUACGUCUGCGUCGCCCGGAACUACCUGGGAGAAGCUGUGAGCCGGAACGCAUCUUUGGAAGUAGCAUUGCUGCGAGAUGACUUCAGACAAAACCCGACAGACGUGGUGGUGGCAGCAGGAGAGCCGGCAAUCCUGGAGUGUGUUCCACCCAGAGGCCAUCCUGAACCCACCAUCUACUGGAAGAAAGACAAAGUGCGAAUUGACGACAAGGAUGACAGAAUCACUAUUCGAGGGGGGAAGCUAAUGAUCUCCAACACAAGAAAAAGCGACGCUGGCAUGUACAUCUGUGUGGGGACCAACAUGGUCGGAGAGAGGGACAGCGAGACGGCACAAGUCACAGUGUUUGAGCGACCGACCUUCCUCCGGAGGCCCAUCAACCAAGUGGUCCUAGAAGAGGAGACUGUGGAAUUCCGCUGCCAGGUACAAGGAGACCCUCAGCCAAACGUACGCUGGAGGAAAGACGACGUCGAUGUUCCUCGUGGGAGGUACGAGAUCAAGUAUGACAAGGACGACUAUGUGCUGAGAGUGAAGAAGGCUUCCGUUAACGACGAGGGAACGUUUACCUGUGUGGCUGAAAACCGCGUGGGCAAGCUGGAGGCAUCUGCCACUCUCACAGUCAGAGCUCGCCCUGUCGCUGCGCCCCAGUUUGUCAUCCGCCCAAGGGACCAAAUUGUGGCUCAAGGCCGAACUGCAACCUUCCCGUGUGAAACCAAAGGAAACCCUCAGCCUGCUGUCUUCUGGCAGAAGGAAGGGAGUCAGAAUUUGCUCUUUCCCAACCAACCCCAGCAGCCCAACAGUCGCUUCUCGGUGUCGCCCAGCGGAGACCUGACCAUCUCGUCUGUGCAGCGGGCAGAUGCUGGUUACUAUAUCUGCCAGGCUCUGACCGUUGCAGGCAGUAUCCUCGCCAAGGCUCAACUGGAGGUCACAGAUGUGCUCACAGACAGACCACCACCCAUCAUCCGCCAAGGCCCGUCCAAUCAGACGCUGGCAGUGGACAGCGUGGCUCUGUUGAAGUGCCAAGCAUCCGGAGACCCCAUCCCCUCCAUCAGCUGGCUGAAGGAUGGGGUUAGUCUGCUGGGGAAGGACCCCCGCAUGUCCCUGCAGGAGCUGGGCAGCUUGCAGAUCAAAAGCAUCAAGCUUUCAGACUCUGGGAUCUACACAUGUGUGGCUACCAGCUCCAGCGGUGAAACGUCAUGGAGUGCUUUCUUAGAAGUCAAAGAAUCGGGGAGUGGGUUGGUUGUGAAGACCCAUGAUGAGAACGAGCUUCCAGGUCCACCAUCUAAACCUCAGGUCACUGAUGUCACCAAAAACAGUGUGUCUUUAUCGUGGCAGCCCGGGAUGGUUGGAGCAUCCCCUGUCUCCUCUUUUGUCAUUGAGGCAUUCAGCCAAUCAGUGAGCAACAGCUGGCAAACAGUAGCUGAUCAUAUCAAAACCACCCAGUUUACCGUCAAAGGCCUGCGUCCUAACACCAUCUACCUGUUCAUGGUGCGUGCAGUCAACAACCAGGGCCUGAGUGAUCCAAGCCCCAUGUCUGAGCCUGUCAGAACACAAGAUAUAAGUCCUCCAGCUCAGGGUGUCGACCACAGGCAUGUACAGAAGGAGCUUGGAGAGGUUAUCGUUCGGUUGCACAACCCAGUAGUCCUGAGUCCCACAACCAUUCAGGUUACAUGGACGGUGGAUCGUCAGUCCCAGUUCAUCCAGGGUUACAGAGUUCUUUACAGGCAGACAUCAGGACUUCCUUCACCAGGACCCUGGCUGACUCAGGAUGUGAAGGUCCCUUCUGAGCGCAGCGUUGUCCUCUCUGCACUCAAAAAGGGCAUCGUGUAUGAGAUCAAAGUUCGCCCUUAUUUCAACGAAUUUCAAGGCAUGGACAGCGAAUCAAGAACAGCACGGACAACUGAGGAAGCUCCAAGUGCCCCCCCUCAGCAGGUAACAGUCCUGACUGUUGGAAACCAGAACAGCACUUCAAUUAGCAUCUCCUGGGACCCUCCUCCUCCAGACCACCAGAACGGCAUCAUCCAAGAGUACAAGAUCUGGUGUCUGGGGAAUGAGACACGUUUCCAUGUAAAUAAGACAGUGGAUGCAGCCAUACGCUCAGUGGUGGUGGGCAGGCUGCAGGUGGGCGUGGUGUACCAGGUGGAGGUGGCUGCCAGCACCAGUGCUGGGGUGGGAGUGAAGAGUGAACCUCAGUCUAUAAUCAUCGGUAAGGAGUUCAGGGACGUGAUUAUACAUGGAAACCGGAACAACAGCAUCACGGAGCAGAUCACUGAUGUGGUGAAACAGCCUGCCUUUAUCGCUGGUAUCGGAGGGGCCUGCUGGGUCAUCCUCAUGGGCUUCAGCAUCUGGCUCUACUGGAGGAGAAAGAAGAGAAAGGGGCUGAGCAACUACGCAGUUCAGUCCUUCACCUUCACCCCUGCAGUGACAUUCCAGAGAGUUGAUGGUGGCCUGAUGAGCAAUGGAAGCCGGCCAGGCCUGCUAAAUGCAAGUGACCCAGGCUACCCCUGGUUAGCGGACUCUUGGCCGGCCACCAGCCUGCCUGUCAACAGCAGCUCUGGGGGACCCAACGACCUCAGUAACUUUGGCCGAGGAGAUAUCCCCACUGGGCAAGGGGAUAAAACAGGCACAAUGCUAUCUGAUGGAGCCAUCUACAGCAGUAUAGACUUCACCACCAAAGCCAACUACAACAGCCCAGGCCAAACAUCCCAGGCCACUCCAUAUGCCACCACCCAGAUUCUUCACUCCAGCAGCAUCCACGAGCUGGCUGUGGACCUACCAGAGGCCCAGUGGAAGGCCUCGCUCCAGGCCAAGCAGGAGAUGGCCAGUCUGGGGUACUCCCUGCCCGACAAGAACUCCUGCAACAACACCCUCCUUUUCAUUCCUGACUACCGAUUGGCCGAUGGAUUGUCUAAUAGAAUCCCACACAACCAAUCACAAGAUUUCAGCACCACCAGCUCUCACAACAGCUCAGAGCGAAGCGGCAGUCUCUCAGGUGGGAAGGGAGGGAAGAAGAAGAAGACCAAGGCUGGCUCCAAACCCAGUAAAGCUAAUGGGUCCAACUGGGCCAAUGUCCCCCUCCCCCCUCCUCCUAUUCACCCCCUCCCUGGCACUGAGAUGGACCAUUACCCCAAUGAGCUUCACGAAGGAGGAGGGUAUGAGAGUGAUGGUUGGGGCCCGCCCAUGCCCGUGCAGACCUAUCUUCACCAGGGCAUGGAAGACGAGCUGGAGGAAGAGGAGGAGAGGGUUCCCACCCCACCCAUCCGAGGGGUUGCCUCUUCUCCAGCUGCUGUGUCCUUCGGACAGCAGUCCACAGCCACCCUUACCCCUUCUCCCCGAGACGAGAUGCAGCCCAUGCUCCAGGCUCAUCUGGAUGAACUGACCAGAGCGUACCAAAUGGACAUGGCAAAACAGACAUGGCACAUGCAAGUAGGCUCCCUUCCUCCUCAGGCUCCAGCUCCUCCGGUGGGCUACGUGUCAAGCACAAUGGUUUCAGACCUGGAGACUGACCUGGCUGAUGAGGAGGAGGAGGAAGAGGAAGAGGAGGAGGAUGAAGGCUACGGAGCCAGGCAUCCUCGCGGUAUUGAGCACACACCAGGGUCUAGCAUGGACAACCUGGACAGCUCUUUAACAGGGUCCAUGGUGAAUGGGUGGGGCUCAGCCUCGGAGGACGACCGUAAUUUCUCCAGCCACAGGUCCAGUUAUGGCAGUUCAUCUGAUGGCUCCAUCUUUACUCACUGCAGCUUUGCCCAGGCCCUGGUGGCCGCUGCAGACAAGGCGGGGUACCGCCUGGAGGGCACGAGCCUCAGCAAGAGAGGUAAAGGCUUGUCCCACAGGCCCCGGCCCAGCAGUCCAUUCUCAACAGAUGGCAGCACAGUCGGCACACAUAGCCUGGGCCACCAGAGGGCCACCAGGCCCACACGCAAACCCCGCAGCCAGGGCACAGCACCCCACCGGAGAGACCCUGGUGCAGAUGACCUACCUCCUCCCCCUGAGCCUCCUCCCUGUCAGGGGCAGGGCCGUAUCCAGGGGGCCCGCAGUAUAAGCAGCAUGGCAGCCCCCACAGAUAGAAAAGCAUCCUCUCUGGAGCGCCCGCCUAUGUCAGGGGUCCUGUCUGAAGAUGUAAAGAACUCUAUGGACAGACAGACUCGCACCACUCUGGACCAUCAUCGCCAGGCUCAAGAAAGGCUGGGCUCCAUGGACCGAGCUGAUGAUGGGCGCAGGGGAAACAAAACAGAGGAAGGGUGCACGCCAUACAGUAAACCAUCCUUCCCAUCCCCCGGGGGCCACAGCUCCUCUGGCACAGCCUCCUCUAAGGGCUCAACAGGGCCGCGCAAGGGCGAGGGUCCACGACAGCCACAGCAGUGGACCGCCUCAGAGCACGCAGAAUUCCUGGGGACCAACGCACAGGGACAGUUCUCGGGAGAGUUAUAGUGAUCUGCCUGGGAUUGGAACUGGACAAAAUGCUGGUCUUUCCUCGAAGGAAAGACACCCUCCCAUUUGGGACAACAAACUUUGUCCUUCUCUGUGUGUCCUGAGAGGAGCUGGAGGAGAGCGUCAGAGGGCACAUCAGAGAACAGCAGUGUCACAGAACUGUAAAUGUGAUGUAUAGACACAGACAUACUGUACAUCUCACUAUGUUUUCGUCCUCAAGAAAAUAUUUUCCACCUCCUACCUUACUGUAAUUUUCUUUUUGUUAGAAAAAGGCAAGUAAAAAAAAAAAAGAAAACACUAUAUGAGAACAAUUUUUUCUGGUAACUGUCCUUGAGGGGGGGAGGGGAUUUUGUUUCCUGUAAAUAUAUUCUUUAAGUUGUUGUUGCAUUGCUAUGCAAGCCUGAUUCAGUUUGAGCUUUUGAUUUCCAUAAACAGAAACAGUCAGUUUUAUCUGGUCAUUUGUAUUAUAUGUGAAUUGAGUGGCUGUUGUGCCAUAAAAUAAUUGUUUUAUAAUCCAUUGUUUGUUAAUAGUUACCAUUAAUUAUUAUCAUUAUUAUUAUUAAUUAUUGUUUUUGCACUGCAAUUUUUGGUGAUAAGCACAAAAACAUAGCUCCUGCUGACAUGAAGAACCGGAAGAAUAUGUGAAGAGGAGUUUCUGUACUGUAAAGUAAAGAGAAGAAAAUUAUAUACUAAUGUACAGAGAGAUAUUAAAGAGUAAGGUUUUGCUCACAGACAGCAACAAAUAAGGCACCCAUUUCCAUAGGUGAGACUAAUUGGGUGGCAGACACACAAGGUUUGAAAGUCUGAGGGGCAGAUAUGAGGCGUGAAGAACUGGACACAAAGCUGUAGCUGAACGAGUAGAUUAUUUAAUUCCUAAUUAACUGUCAGAAAAGUUUUGUACCACAAACAGUUAACGCUCAAUAUUUCAGACAAUUCCAGGCGUUCUCUCAUUUACAGAAACAGACUGAGGAGGUUUACUUUUUUAUUUUUUCUACAAGAGUCUCCAAGUAUUUCAAUUUCUGUUUGUAUGAUUUCCUGCCUGAAUAAUUUCAUCACAUUGAGUUUACGCUCCACAUUCACAACAACAGCAAACUAACCAUAAACCUGUCUACAUGCUGUAUUCAGUCAUAGCACUUACAGAGGCUGGUUUAUUUUUCUUUUAUCGCCUUAACACGUCGACAGACAUCACAACGGAGUAUUACUUGUAAUUAGUAGCAAUUAUACUCCAAAAGCUACCUUAAAUAUCAGUGGAGCAGCAUAAUUUGUUUACAUCUUUAUGUUUUAAAGUUUAUGUCUUUAGUUCCAUUUGAAUAUUGUUUGCUUUUACAGCACUUACUGUUUAUGUUUAUGUUAUAUGACAAAAAAAACAUUUGAUAUGUUUGGUCCAGCUAAGUGCUGCUGAAUUAGCUUGCUCUAAAUGUUGGUGCCUCAGACGCCAACACAUAAUGAUCGGCACAGUGUUGUGUGUGCAGAACUCUGAGGAGAAAUUUGUAUGAUUUACGAUGUAGCUUCGAGUUGCUGUUUGAUACAGCGAAGGGAAAUGGAGAAAAGCCUUGUAUAUUAACUAGCAGGUCUCACUGCCUCCACGUCUACAGCCACAACGUGGAGCAGAUCACUUUGAAUCUGCUUCACUGCCACAAAAACACACUUAUCAUCUGCCGCUUCGACUUCUCGGCCCCUGAAUCUCAAUAUUUUUGUCUUUUCAGACAAUGUUUUUAUUGGUUGUCCUUUUUUAAUGAAAAGCUUCUUUCUUUGUAUGCCUUUUAUGGACUCCAAAAACGCUGCUUACAACAAUGUUUUCAAUAUUAAUGUUCAGGAUUUUUGUGGUUCGAUGACUGUUUUGUCUUUUUUUGUACUGCUAAUGUUGAUAAAAAGGGGGGUGGAAACUAAAGGCCAUCAGAUGCUGUUGUACUGUUGUCGUCAUGCCAUCAUCAUUUUCUAUCAUCCACCCAGUGGCCAGUGUUCUGGAAAUGAGGUGCAAAGAGUAUCUCAGGUUAUUUUACAUUCUGGUGGUGUUUAUGUAUGUGUAUAUAUGUGUAUAUAUAUCCAUACGCAUCUCCACUUGAUUAUGCCAUUCCGUUUUCAUUGACAAAGAAUCCCUCUCAUGCCACUUUCUGUCUUACCCUCUUUUCUUUUCUGCUGUGGAUUUUGACUCUGAGUAAAAUGUGCUGGUUCAUCCACCUUAAGACAAGAUGUCAGUAAAAGAACAUACCAAAUUAAGAUUGAUAUUUCUAAUGUCUAAUACGUUUUAGUGUCUCUUUAAUACUCAUUGUUUUCUUUCAAAUCACAGUGUCGUUUUGUAUUUAUUAAAAUGAUAAUAAAAGUAUAUUGUGAAAUAUGCAUAAAGAUUCGUGGAAUAUGAGAUGUGUUUUUUUGUUCCUUGUAAAGUUUGCUGUCAGAGGCGAGCAGCGAGGCGUAUGGAGGUGAUGCUAGGAGGCACACGUUGGUGAAAAAAGCCGGGUCAGUAGUCGUCUGAGUCACUCUUCGUCCUGCAUGUUCACCACACUGCUCCUCUCAUGUCGAAACUGAAGAAACUUCAAAUCUGUUUGAACACAAGGAGCAAAAACGCUCACAAUUUGCUUGUCAAGACAAUAGAGAAAACGUCUUUUUGGAAGGAUGGAAGUACUUUGGCUUUCCCUCUCUUUGGUUCAUUUUCUCAAUAUUGUUGAUUCUUUGUAGCCUCUCUGUGUGUCGCCUUUUUGCUAUAAAAGAGGAUUAAAAACAACAAAAAGAGAAAGUUGAUGGGUGAAGUCUUUCUGUACAGUACGGGUGAGAUAACACCCUGAUCCAAUGCCAUUUCUACAGUGCAGUACAUUCUGCUUUUUUGUUUCCUUUCUGUAAACCAACCUCUGUAUUCACUUGCAUGUCCUUGUCCAAGAAGAGAGUGGAUCAAGAAAAUAAACUUUUACAGUCUCAUUCCCAUGUCCUGUAAGAUAAAUCCAUGUUCUUUUAUUUCCUUGUACCUGGAUCAAUAUCAAAUAAAAUAUUUUUGAAAAAUGAAAAA